UUGGAUCCCAGGGAGGAGGAGCCUCCGGGGACGGGACUCAAACAAAGGAAACAUAAGCAAACUGACACUGAGCACGCAAGGAGGGAGCCAGGAACACACAACCUUUACUACUCUACCAUCCACUAGUAACCCCUGGGGUCAACGACUAGAAGGCUUUUACUCGGUGGCCCUGUUACGUAAGGAGCCCAGCGGUGGACAGGUUUGUGAAGAAGGACCGUGCGUGAGCGUUGGGGAUCCUGUGUGUGAGAUCACGGCUCUGCCAUCUGCGACUGGGAGUGUGUAAGCGUGUGUGUGUUUGUGUGUACCUGUGUGUGUUUGGGAUGGCAAAGCGGGGCUGGAAUAAUCAACAGCUCUGCUCGUAGCUCAGUGUCAUGGGGGGUUGUCAAAGUUACCCCUCAGCAAGUGAGACGGACGCCAUCCACGACUCUUCGGACCCGAAUCACGAAAAACUGGGGAUUGAUAACAACAACCAGGAGCAGCGUCCGUAUCUCCAGAAGCAGAACGUCAGCCUGAGGAUCCCCCACGCCGACAUGUCCCUCCUGACCACCCGGCCCCCCGGCGUCGACGAGGCAGAGUGGCUCGCAACCAACACGAUAGCGUUCUUCAAGAACAUCAACCUGCUCACCAGUGCUAUGUCCGAGUUCUGUACUCCAACCACCUGCCCUGUGGCCUGUGGGCCAGGCAGCACGGUUUACGUGUGGACGGACGAGCAGGGAAAGAAGCUCAAGUGUUCGGCGCCGCUGUACUUCGACUACGCCAUGUGCUACGUCCAGGACCUCCUGGGAGACGAGGACGUGUUCCCCACCAAAUCAGGCACGCCCUUCCCCAGAGGCUUCGUGUUCCUGGUCCAGAAGGUGUUCCUGCUGCUGUUCCGCACGCUGGCCCACUUCUACUGGUCCCACUACCGGGAGACGCUGGCGCUGGGCCUGCACCCCCACCUCAACACCCUGUUCGCCCACCUCACACACUUCUGCCGGCAGCACGCGCUGCUGGAGCCCGAGGACACCGCGCCCCUGCAGGACCUGGUCCGGGCCCUGGAGGGGCGCGGCUACAGCUGAGGGCCCCCCCCACACACAGGGGGCCCCCCACACACACAGCGGGCCCCCCACACACACAGGGGGCCCCCCACACACACAGGGGGCCCCCCACACACAGGGGGCCCCCCACACACACAGCGGGCCCCCCACACACACAGGGGGCCCCCCACACACUCAGGGGGCCACCCACACACACAGGGGGCCCCCCACACACUCAGGGGGCCCCCCACACACACAGGGGGCCCCCCACACACUCAGGGGGCCACCCACACACACAGGGGGGCCCCCACACACACAGGGAGCCCCCCACACACUCAGCGGGCCCCCCACACACACACACACACACACAGUUAUACACACACACACACACACUCACUCACACACACACACACACACACACACACACACACACACACACACACACACACACACACACACACACACACACACACACACACACACACACACACACACACACACAAACAGUAACACUGACAAACACACACAGUGGCACAAUCACACACACACAUACAGUUAUACACACAAACAAACACACACAGUUAUACACACCCAGACACAAACACACACACACAGUAACACUGACAAACACACACAGUGGCACAAUCACACACACAAACACACAGACACACAGACACAGACACACACACACACACACAAUUGCACAAUCGCAAACACAAACACAAACACACGUACACAAACGGUAACACUGACACACACACACACACACACACACUAGCAUACAAAAACACCCUGCAUCACGAUGGCCGUUUCAAUGGUUCACGCAUUUGAUGUCACCUAUGUCUACGACAACGUCUCUACAAUGGACAGGUGGUCUGUGUGUGAGAGGGCCAAUAGCGGACACACCCAACGGCUUCAUGCACUCCAUAGGCCUGUAUUCACUUCUGGCAAACGAUGAUGUUAUUGCUUAUGUAUUCAUGUGUAACAAAAUGGCUCCAACUGUCAUUAUCUUUUUUUAUCCGUUUUCCUCAUGGCUAUAAUGAAAUAUAACAUUUAAAAAUAUAUAUUUGUUGUAGGCCUAAUAAGACAUAAGGACAUUUGGAAUAAAUGUAAAGGUUUCUUGAGAACGAGUCAAAAGACAGUGUAGCUGACGAAAUGCUUAAUGAAAUCUGCAAAAAUUCAAAUGUAUUCAAACGACGUUGGCCGAUGUUGGCAAUGGGGAAUAAUAUGCCAACGUUUUUGUUUGUCUCUUUUUGUAAAGACACUUUGUUUAUGUUACAAUUGUGACGGUUUAUUUUUUUUCACAUUGUCCACUAAUUUAAUAUCCACAUUAAGGGAAAAGGCGUAGACUGUAGGUCCUGUUUAAAUAUCGAAGUUGGUUAUUUUGCCUGUGAUUUUAAGCCAUAUUGCUCCAGAGAAGUUUCUACAGUAGUUGUUGAUCUUUCAUUUUGACAGUGUGUCCGGUGUUUGGUGUCUUCCCUGAUGAUGGAUUUAAGUGUUUGGAGAAGGUUUGGACAUGUGGGAUUGGUACCUGUCCUCGAGCACUAGAAGAGCUUACCCUGCUCCCAGGACAGUGGAAGCUGCACGUCUAUCACACAGGAGCUAGGGACAACUACGCAGAGUCCUUACCUGAGCCCUGAAUGAAUCGACGUUCCCAGAAUUAGUCGACAUCUUUCCUGAGUCACGGUGACUCUACAUUGGGUUCUGGACCAACCUUCCUGGACAAGAAGAAAGACAGAGAGAAUAUAACAAAAUCAUGGAUGUGGUGUACAUGGAGCAUCUAUUGAAAAACCUUAUCGAUUGUCCCUUGAUGAGAGAAGGGAUAUCUAUGCAAUACGUUAUAACUCAAACUAUAUGUUUCACAAAUGAUUUGUGUGUUUAUGUGUUGUGAUAACCCACUAUUGUUAAAGCUAAUGAAUUAUCACUCAUUCCAGAACAUCUGUGAAAGACUUUGCCGGGACCAAACCUAAACUGGUAAAAUAACAGUAGUAAUUCACAACCAACACAACGCGACAGCCAAAUAUGAAAGAGCACUGACUGAAAUCAACAUUGUAUCCUGGAGGCCUAUUGGCCUACUGUCACCUAGAGUGGCCUUUGGUUCCAACUAUGGUAGGGCCUAUAAAAUACUCAUAUCAAACUAUUUAUAGGACCCUCUCCAGAAUGUUGACAUACAGCAAUAUGCUGUUCAAUUCAUAUUUAUUCAAUGAUGAUUUAUAGUUUUCUUUGUUGUCCUCAACACUAUAUAUCUAUCUGUCUCAGAGAUAUAAAAAUGUAAUCCUUGUUGAAUGUCACUUAUUCCAUUUAAUUUGAAGUCAAUUUAAUGCUACUGCAAUUUAUCACAAUAACACGAAGGGCUUCACCUGGCUGGUCAACAUGACAAAAACGUCUUCAGGAGCAAUGAAUGCGUAGGCCUAACUGUCGACUUGCUAUGAACUGCUAUGAACUUGGGAGCUGGGAAACUUUUCCUGGUUGUAAUCCUAUAAAGUAGGCCUUCAUAAGGUGGCAUAUCGAGGUCAUGUGGCCGGUGUUUUUAAAUGACUGCAGUCAGUAAUGUGAAUAUGCAAUUAUUCUUUUGAGAAUCCGAAACACUGACGAACAUGGGCAUCAUAAUCAAUGUGGAAGAAUCCACAAUGGUAACUGUCGAUAGGAGAAUCUAUCGACAUCUAACUACAUCCCGCUGCAUUCGAUAUGCACCUCCAUUACAUUACAUUACAAGAUACAUUUCUUAUGAUUCAUACUGUACAUAUUUGUGUUUGUUAAAAAACAGCCUAGUGUAUAAAUGGGACACUGGCACUCUUUGCACAGCCACUGCAUGUGUAUUUAUCUAUGGUUUAUCGUUUGCAUAUGAGGUGUUGCGGGAAAGGUCUUGAAGACAAUUUAGCCAAUUUAACACCUAAAGUCAAAACUUGGGAACAACUUUUCUACACGAUAUUAGAGUGAAUAAGGGGACACAAGUGAAAGGUUCAAUGUAUUAAUUUUUACAUUUAAAAACCAUAAACCAUUAUAAUAUUUCAAAUGAAAUACUUAUCUAACGAUAAGUGAGUGAGUGAAGUCUGCUAAUGCCAACUAUGUCCUGGAUAGGAACAUUGAGAUUUUCUACAUAAAUGUUGAUUCUUCUCAGGAUAGCUGUAGGUCACUUUCCAAAAAAAAAAAUCACCAGCUAAAUCACUUCAUGUUGGGCAUAAACAUUAACCACUGUGGUGCCAAGUCUGUUAAGUAUUUAAAAAAAUAAAUAAUUGUCAACAAAGUAACGUGCAAAAAUGCCAUCCUAAAAAGAAGGCUUGUGAAACUCACUUUGGCAAAACUCGCUCGUUGAUGUCCUUCUCGGCUUGGUUCCCCCAUGACAUGAUUGAAAACAAAAUAAGUGCUAGCCUUGGCUUAAUAAUAAUAAUAAAUGAAAAUAGUUUCCAGUCUAUACUUUAACUCUGCUGUAACUCAUUCUCCACUUCCCGAAGCACCUCAACAGCCGAACUAUUUUAAUAAUCUCCCCCGAAAGUACUAUAAAAUAAUAAGUUCGGCGCUUUUAUUUAAUUUUUAGUCGACCCUGGCUUGCCUCUUCCGGCUGAGUUUGUCUGGAGGGGCAAGAGGGGCUCUAGCCCCACCAGCCCAAUGCAAUGUGUAUUGGACUUGAAACAUUGAAAUGCGCAUGCUCUGAGUGUUUCUCUGUUGAAGUGGACGGAGACUAUUUUACUUACUGGUGGGGCUAGCCUAUAUGUCCAUGGUGUGGACUUGGGACCGUUAAAUAUCCCAGGAUGCAUUUCGCAUUUCGCAUUUCGCAUUCGUGUUUUAAAAUAUCAGUGUGUAAGCUAUAAAAUAGGCUAUAUAGGAACAUUUGAAAAGUAUAACAAAGAUGGAGGCCUAUUCAACAUAUUUGCAUACUAUUAUUUUAAAAUGAAAGAGGGCUUGUUUAUUGUAUAAGUCGCUGAUGGAGGAAAACCCAUCGCAACAGAAAUCCCGAUCGGAUCCAUGUGAGUGUGUGUGUGUGU